AUUCGUUCGUCAUUCAUUAGCUAUGGCGGACAAUCUCAAGGAGAAGUUCACGGCGCUGGGCGAGCGCCUCAAGAUCGGCGGCGCCGAGGUAGGGCGCAAGGUCUCGGAGAGGAUGGGAAAUGUGAGCGAGCGGGUGCGGGAGAUGUUCCAGGCGUCCAAUGCGGCUGUGGAUCGCCUGGUGGAGGAGGCGACGGGAUUGCAGGGCUUCGAUCCGGAUUGGGGCCAGUUCAUGGAAAUCUGCGACAUGGUGAACGCGGACAAGAUCACGGGCCAGGAUCUGGCGCGGGCGAUCAAGAAGCGCAUGGGGAGCUGCAAGGAAUCGCGCGGCAUCACGCUCGUGCUGCUGCUGCUCGAGGCAGUUGUCAAGAACUGCGACAAGAUGUUCGCGGAGGUCGCGUCGGAGAGGAUCCUGGACGAGAUGGUGAGGCUGGUGGACGAUCCGCGAUCGUCGCCCGAGAAUCGUGACAAGGCGCUCAAGCUCAUCGAGUCGUGGGGUGAGGCCACAGAGGAGCUUCGAUAUCUUCCAGUGUUUGAGGAGACUUACAAGAGCUUGAAAUCUCGGGGUGUCAAGUUCCCUGGAAGAGAUGCCGAGAGCUUGGCUCCCAUUUUCACUCCACCCCAGACUGUUGAGACGGCUCCCGUGCGCUCUGGCAUCUCGAGGCUGACGCUCAGAGACGUAGUUGGCAGCCACCCUACUCGCGAGGACAACAGUGAUCACGAGAAGGAGAUUUUUGACGUAGCGCGUAACAGUAUCGAGCUUCUCUCCACUGUUCUUACAUCGUCUCCCCAGCAGGAAGUUUUAAAGGAAGAGCUUACCAUCGCGCUAGUGGAGCAGUGCCGGCAGUCCCAGUUUAACAUACAAAGAAUUAUCGAAAGAGUUGGCGAGAACGAGGCCCUGUUGUUCGAAGCUCUCAACGUCAACGAUGAGCUCCAGAAAGCCCUCGACAAGUAUGAGGAGAUGUCCAGCGCAGUAGCACCACUGCCUCCACCAUCAGAGCUCCCUAAAUCCGACGACUCGGCGUUUGUGAUCGUCGACGAGGAGCCCGAGCUGGACGACCCUCUAGUUCGCAACAAAUCUUCCAAGGCUGGAGCUCGUCCAUCUCCCAGCGAGGAUCCUUUGGCAGAUCUGGACAAGAUGAUAUUCGGGAAUAAGGCAGAAGAAGAGGCCAGCAACGACAAGAAGAAAAAGCCCGCGGAUGAUCUGAUCGCGUUUUGAAUAAUCUCCCUUGUCAUUUUUUGUUACUUACAGAAAUUUUUUGUACAUUGGGAGAACAUUCAUCACAGGUUUAUAUACUUCGCUUUCUCCUUGCUAA